AUGGCCCCCUACGAUAGCGACUCCUCGGACGAUGGCGAGGACUACUCGACCACCAACGUCACGCUCGGUUAUGCCACCGUCGAGUCGACGGGCGACGACGUCAGUCACUUGGGCGGCUAUCCCACCUGGCUAGACUCAAGUCACCCUCCGCCUGCGGCACUGGCCAAAUGCAAGGUCUGCAACAGCUACAUGUCCCUUCUCCUCCAGCUCAAUGCAGAUCUGCAACAGUAUUUCCCCAGCGACGACCGGCGCCUUCAUGUCCUCUGCUGCAGGAAGAAACAGUGUUCGAAAAAGGUGGGCAGUGUCAGGGCAUUCCGGGAAGUCAGGAAGCCCAGGGUGCAAGAGAAGAGUCAAAAACAAAAGGCGAUAGAGCCAGAGACCGUGAGGCCGGUACAGGACCUUGGGAGUGCUCUGUUUGGCGGGUCAAGCCAACAAUCCGCAGCCAGCAGUGCAAAUCCGUUUUCGAUGCCCGGCAGCACGAAUGGGCCGGCGACAGCAAACCCGUUUGCGAGCAUAGGUUCGCCUUCACAGUUGGCAGCGCUACCUCCGCAGAGACCGCGCGAGGAGCCUCAACCUCAACCUCCUACACAGUCAUUCGCAGAUAAACUGCGAAUCGGCGCCGGACCGGACGACGAAGGCACCAAGAAGACCGCACAGGAGCAGAUACCGUGGCCGGACCUCACCGAGUUUCCCAAACCCUACCCAUCCUUCUACCUCGACGCAUAUCCGGAGGAGCUGGACAGAGAACCUGCCGCCGCUGCCACAGAAGCAGAGUCCUCAAAGACACAAUAUGAUGUCGACGACGCAGGAGGCUCCAGCAACGCUGCGGAUAAAGACACGUUCGAAUCCAGCCUAGACAAGACCUUCCAAAAAUUCUCUGACCGUAUCGCCCAAAACCCAGAGCAAGUCCUACGGUACGAGUUCAAGGGUGAACCACUGCUGUAUUCUGGCGCAGACGAGGUUGCGACCCGCUUCACCGUGCCCCACGGCAGAACCGGACCUGUGAAGGGAAUACCGCGAUGCGAGAGCUGCGGUAGUCAACGAGUGUUUGAGCUACAGCUUGUGCCGGGCUUGAUCUACGAGUUGGAAAAGGACGACGAGAACGCCAUGGGCCUGGAAGACGGCAUGGAGUGGGGCACAAUCAUCGUGGGGACGUGUGUGAACAACUGUGGCGACGCGGGGGCUGUCUCCUUCAGGGAGGAGUGGGUUGGGGUGCAGUGGGAGGAGAGAGUCGUCAGGAGAUGA